UUAAUAAUUGAACAAAUAUUUUCAUGCGCGGGUUGAGAUUACAUUACAUUUACGUGCAAAUUGCAAAGGCUUUUUUGCUGUUUCAAAUCCAAAAUACCAAUCUCCAGAUUUUGAUGGCAGUAGAGGUGGACUUCUGAACGUGUUUGUGUUUAGGUUAGAAUGGCAACCGGCUUGUGGUAAAUAUGUUAACGAAGAAUUUGGUCCCGGGUAGAGUUGAAGCAGCUCUCCCUUUUGCCUCCAAUCACGGGAAUGAAGAUAAUCUAUUGUGCGAUUGGGUGAUUCGCUCGCAGCACGAGCCUGGAUCUAAUGGGAUUUGCAAGCGAAGAAAACUCCAGGAAAAGUAUGUUGCAGUUGAGGAUGAGACACCCAUUGAUACACUCAGAAGCGGUCUUGUAAAGACUAAUAGUGACCAUACAGUUGAUGAGUCAGGUAGUGGUGUUCCAGCCCCUACAGUAUCUGUUCAAAAACAUAAAGAAGUCAUUAGCAGCAUCGAUGAGUCUGCUCGCUCUCACUUGCCGUCAGCAAGCCUCGAUAAAAAAGUUACAUUAAACUUGCAAGAGAGGGUCGGUAAUUCUGAGCUGGUGGUUUUAGGUGAACAUUUCUCAGAAAGAGAUCUAUGCAUUUCUGUACUCACGAGUCAUGGCCUGCUUGUAGGAGAUUGCCCUAUCAGCAGUGGUGCUCCCGCUGAAGUUGCAGGGAUUAGCAAGGAUAGAACCAUUUUCCAGUACUGCGAUCUAUGUGGUAUUUUAGAUGAUACCUUAAACAUGCUGCUUUGUGAUCAUUGUGAAGGGGCAUUUCAUGUAUCUUGCUGCAAUUCCAAGACUAAGAUGUUGCCCAUCGAUGACUGGUUUUGUCAAUUUUGUGCCAACUUACAUGACAGAGUUUCAUUGGAGGCCUCUUUUCUCAGAUCACAAAAAAUCAGCUGGGGCAAUGGACUUGCUUAUUUUAAAUCGGGUCGAAUAGCAUCCAUGUUGAAGUACCCUGACACAUAUACUUCUCGCGUCAGAGUUGGCGAUUCUUUCCAAGCAGCAGUUCCUCAGUGGUCUGAUCAAACUUCCAAGGAUUUUGAUUGCAUUGGUGAGCCAUUGAAAAUGGAUCCAUCAGAAACAAUGGGCUUGCAUGGAUCUUCUAUAGAUAAGCAUCUGAAGCUCAACUCUUUGAGUAAUUGGCUCCAAUGUCAAGAAGUCCUCUAUGAUGAAACAGGAGAACCUAUUGAAGGAACCAAAUGUCGGAAGUGGCGUAGGGCACCUCUUUCUGAAGUUCAAACUGAUGAAUGGGAUUGUUCUUGCUCUGUCACCUGGGACCCUUUCCAUUCAGACUGUGCUGUACCCCAGGAGUUGGAAACAGGUGAAGUUCUACGGCAACUAAAGUAUAUAAAUCAGCUGAGAUCUCGCCAAGCUGUUAACAAGCUGAACUCUUAGAAAAUGGUGGUGAUCGUGAUAUACAUUGAAAUUUAUAUCAUGCCUUGGGCAAUUGAGGCGCUAAACAUCCAUCAAGUGAACAACUAGCUUGCCCUCUGCCUUGUCAGCACACCUUUUAUACCGGAAACAAAGUUUCCUCUCUGCUUCGUUUUCACUUGUCAGUUUGAAUGGCGAGCUGUCAAAGAGCAAUCAAUUUUUUUUUUUUAACUUAAAGCGUGUAAUUCUUAUAUAUUCU